AUGGAGUGUGUGGUGGAGGUAAAGAGGAUCAGUGAUAGGAUGAUGUUUAUUAAGCUAGUCAUAAGCAGGCUUAUUGUGAACGUUGUUAGUGCGUAUGCAUUCCAUGUAGGCCCGGAUGAAGAAGUCAAAAGACUUUUUGGGGAGGAUUUGGAUGAGGUAGUGAGAGGUAUACCUAGUAUUGAAAAGAUUUUUACUGGUGGAGAUUUCAAUGGACAUAUCAGUACAAGUUCUGAUAGUUUUGAUGAUGUCCAUGGAGGCUUUGGUUUUGGGGAAAGGAAUGUAGGCGGGAUAUCGCUCCUGGAGUUUGUUAAAGCUUUUGAGUUGGUUAUUGCUAACUCGUGUUUCUGA